CUUUAUUUGAUAUCUCUUUUUAGAUAUGUAAUGCUUCUAGUGCUAGCUACUGGACCCAUUCAAUAUUUGAUGUGGAUGCAUAUAUAGACUUUUAUUCCGGCGGCAGGAUACAUAAAAAGUUGAAACACAUUGGUAAAAUGAUGUAUUAAAUAUAAAAUGUAUGUUUGAGAUGUGUGAAGUUAGUGUUCAUGAGGAGUACACAUAUCAUUAAGUUAUGUUGGCCUUCUUUUGUCAAAUUACUUCAUAUAAUUUGAUUAUUGACCAUUUGGCACAUAUGUUAACUUUUUGGAAUGUGGACGUUUUAGUUAUUAGUGUAGUUGGAAUGUAAAUACAAAAAAAUGAAAAACGUAUAUUAUUAUAUGCAACUAGUUGAAUAUCUUGAAAUCCAAACUUUUGAAGUGUAGCUAUAUUGGAAGUCCAAAUUAAAGUCUCAAGACAUUUGUUUAUAUAACCACUCUUUAGACAGUUGAGAAGGGAAGAUAUCAUUAUCUAUAUCUAGUAUUCUUUCUAAAAAGUUGCUACAAUUCCUUCAGUUGCGUUCUCUCUAAUCAAUUCAUUACUUAUUUGGACAUAAAAGUGUAAAUCAGGAAUCAUCUCCACCUUUUUACAAAUGUUAUCUAUUCCAAGGAAAUCGCCCAGGGCAGUCGAUCCUAAUUGAAACAGUCCUUAGACCCCGUGAUGGGGCAAGGUCUUCUGAAAUUGAAUGUGAGAACAGGGAGAUUCCAAAUCCCCGGCCUGGGGAAAACUCAGGGCAAUCAAACCCAACUGAAGCAGUCCUUAGACCCCGUGAUGGGGCAAGGUCCCCGGCUCAUCUGUGCGAAACCCAGGUGACCGGACUCCCUACAGUGCUCCGGCCGGCGACAUUCUGCUGUCCAACGCCGAUGAAACGCUAUUCGAGAACAACGGAUACCCCCUUGAAUCGGAUUCCAGGGAUCUUUGCCCAAUCCCGCGGGAUUCGCCAGGAUUGUGUGCCUCUCUCUCCUCUAACUGCCUUGCAACAGAUGGGGAAACUGGCUACUCCUAACCGUAAUCCCCUAAGAGUCCAUGUCCUACUAAAACAGAAAAACCCGAUGGUGUCUUGGGAUGCUGCCGACCCUUUAUAUUGGGCAUGCCAACCAGAAAUCAGCUAUUCUGAUCUUCAAGUAAGGCACAAGGCAGAGACUCUUUGGCAACCUAACCACCGGAAGACUUGCAAGUAUUCGGGUAAAUGGAUUCAUUCCCUCUCGGCACUUUGCUUUUUGGUUUGGCAACAACAGAAACCUGUUUAUAGGAUUCAGAUCAUUGGAUCCCUCUUCCCCUGGUCCUUGGUUGAUCAGUGGGGCUCGCUGUCAUUGGAUCAUAAUGCUGUUUCUCUGCUUUGUUCACAGAUACGCAAUAUGACUAGUUUCUCCAAUGACCAAGUUGUCUGCUUCACCCUUGAUGAAGUCCAGUCGGCCAGAAUACGGAACUCAAGGACCCUCUUGGGCAGACUGUUCUCUGAAGGCGGACUAACAACGGUGGAGCUGCGAGACGCCAUCAACAAACCAUGGCAAGGCCAAGGGCGGAUCAAAGUGAAAAUGGUGGCGCAUAACCUCUAUGAAUUUGUGCUCCCGAGUGAAACGGCCAAGAAUUGGGUUCUUAAACAGUCGCCAUGGGUGAUCGCGGAUAAAAUAAUCCACCUACGGCCUUGGCUCCCCACAAUCACACAACGUACCUUCGACGAGCUUGCUGUUGCUCCAUUCAGGAUACAAUUGUGGGAAAUCCCGGAGGAUUGCUGUACCCAAAGAUUCGGGCGGAAGGUUGCGACGGCCAUGCUCGGUCGGGUUCUGGAAGCAGGGGUGUACUCUUGCUCGGAAUCGGGGCAAAGAUUCAUCAAGAUCAAAGCAUUACUCGACUUUUCAAAACCUCUUCGUUCCCAAUUUUUGGCGUCCAACGAAGAGAUGGGAGAGUUCUGGAUUCGACUCAAGUACGAAUACCUGCCUACUUUCUGCUAUAAAUGCGGCCGUGUUGGGCACUCCAGGCAGACCUGCUCCUUCGAUCCGCCGACUCGCCAAGAGCGAUUUGGGCACCAUAUGACUACCAAAAAACUGGGAAGGAGAGUCUUCGAGGAGGAGGAAGGCGGUCAAGCCUUUCCUGGUCAUCACAAGUCUGUCUGGGUGAACACCUCUGCUCAGGAAAGGAGGGAAGCUCGACAACCGAACCCUCCGGUGAAUCCGUAUAAGAGGGAGGCAGGACAGACGGGGAGACCAAUGAAGGAAGAAAGCCCUCUGUGGAUGGGCUCCUCAACCCAGCCAUUCUUGACAACUGAGGCGCGACAGCAACAGGGAAGGACCAAGUCUCGUUUCCCGAUCGUGAAGAGCCCAAAGAUUCAAAUGGGGAGAUUGAGUCGCAGGGGCAAACUCAAGAAAGCUUGCGAUGAUAGCUCUCGGCCGAUGCCGCCGGGAGAGGUGGAGGAAUUGUCUUUGACGAGAAGGCGCCGGCUGAUACCCGAGAAUGAAUCAGAGGAUGAAUUCAUAGUGCAGAAAAUCCCUAAAUCGGCGACAGGGUGCCCACUGAAUAGCGCGAUUCGAGCUGCUAAACUUGUGGAGAAGCCUGUACCUGCUGGCGUAAAUAAAAGCCCUUUGAGCUCUGCCCAGGUGCAAGCGAAACAGGGAGGAGGCCGGAGGAUGGAGCACUCACCUGCGGCGACUGGGGAAACUCCUCUCCGGCCACGCAAAAUGCGGCUUCGCCCCGCUCAUCAGAACAACACGAAGAAAAAAGGGGGGACUAGGGCCCGUCCAAGUGAGAAAGGGGAAGAGGCCCUCUCAACCCAUAUGCCGGCCCAAACUGCUCCCUUGGGCCCGCAGCCUGAGGCAGAUGUAUUGCUAGGCCCACAGUCAAUGGGAGGCAGCAAGGAGGGUCUGGGCUCGAUUGAGUCUGCUUCGGAGGCUGAUGACCAGGAUUUUGUAAUCCGCCGCAGGGAUACUAAGACCCAGGAGCACAAAACGAAGGCGGCAAAUGUGUCGCGCGUACGUCAGGCUGUGCGAGCCUUUGAGGCUGGCCUAUCAUUGAAUGAGCCAUCCAAAACUCAAAUUGUCCACUGCCCUCCUAUUGUGGAGCCUGCGCUUGAUGGGGAAAAAACAGUAAAUGAGGUAGAGAUCUCUGCUAGUGAUUUCAAUGAGUAUGGGUCCAAUUUUUCAGGACCUAGUGAGGACGGCAAGAAACGUCGAAUUGAUGAAGUGGAAGGGGACAUUGCUGAUCUCCCUUCUCCUAAGAAGCUGUUUGUGGAAGACAAAGAUGAUCUGGAUUCGGUGGAGGUAGCCAGCCGCGAAUGGCCCCACCCAGAUAAAUGAGGCUUCUCGCCUGGAAUGUGAGAGGAAUUGGGCCGUCCCUCACAUUCCAAACUGCUGUAGGCUUAGUCAAGUCGAAUAAACCGGAUCUCGUGUUCUUUUCUGAGACACGAUCGAACCGGAGAGUAGUCACUCGCCGUAUGCGGGGUUUAGGUUUUGAAAAUUCUUAUUGUUUCUUUGUUGAUGCAAUUGAGGCAUCUGGUGGUUUAGUUGUCGCUUGGUCCCCCGAAGUUUGUGCUUCGGUGUUUUUCCAUUCUGAUUAUUGUAUUUGCAUCCAAAUUAAUGAAAACGAGUUCUCCUA